AUUCAACCUGCAAUGCACCAUCCGAGCCUGCAAAUACCACGGACACAGAGAGAGUGGAUACCGGUGGGAACUAAAUGAAUGAUCUGCUGAUGCUAAUGUCCUCUGCCAGCCAAGGUCUUGUUUAAUAAACCUCAAGAUGAGAUGGGCGUGCGAGAACUAACAUGAUCAAAAAAAAAAAAGCCUCGUCAAUUCAGAACCCACACACCUGAAGCUGCAGCUGAUAAUGAAAGAGGAAUUUCUAAUGCGGAAAGAGCAUGACAUCUUUGAGGACAGCUGGACUGAAGACUGAUUAAAGUGGACUUUGAGUGCACCCAAUAAUUAUAUGAAAACAUCAUUCUGAGCACAACCAACAGAAACUGACAAACUCAGAGAGAGGAGAGAUGGAAAAACCAGUCUUACAGACACAACCGUCCACCCUGCCGUUUUUCGACACGGCGCACGCCUUCAACCUGCUGCGGGGAAUCCAUGAACUCCGAGCCGAGCGAAAGUUUUUUGAUGUGACUCUGUGCGCUGAAGGCCGUGAGUUCCACUGUCACCGCACAGUGUUGGCCGCUGCCAGUACCUACUUCCGGGCGAUGUUCACAGGCACUCUGAGGGAGAGUGCGAUGGACCGGGUAGUUCUACAUGAGGUGUCAGCUGAGCUCGUAGGCCUGCUGGUGGACUUCUGCUACACAGGACGGGUCACCGUCACUCAGGAUAAUGUUGACGUCCUGCUGAAGACGGCCGAUCUGUUUCAGUUCCCCUCCGUCAAAGAGGCCUGCUGUGCUUUUCUGGAGCAGCGGCUGGAUGUGUCCAACUGCUUAGAGAUCCAGGACUUUGCAGAGGCGUACGCUUGCCGAGAACUGGCGACCAGUGCUCGCCGCUUUGUCCUCAAAAACAUAAUGGAGCUGGCUAAAGGGACAGACUUUGAGCGGUUGCCGUGGAAGCGCCUCCUGGAGUUUGUGUCAGACGAUGGGCUUUGCGUGGACAAGGAGGAGGCAGUUUAUCAGAUCGCAGUGCGCUGGGUGAAGGCGGACCUCCAGCGGAGACUGCACUACUGGCCUGAGCUGCUCCAGCAGGUCCGACUCCCCUUCGUCAGGAGGUUCUUUCUGUUGGCCCAUGUGGAGAGCGACCCGCUUGUCUACCUGUCACCCACCUGCCUCCGCAUGGUGAACGAAGCGCGGAGCUUCCAGUCCUGUGAGUACGACCGCCAUGACAGGCCCUGCCACAGAAUGCGACCACGGCCAUCCACGGGACUCGCAGAGAUCCUGGUGGUGGUCGGAGGCUGCGACCAGGACUGUGACGAGCUGGUGACAGUGGACUGUUACAACCCCCAGACCGGCCAGUGGCGCUACCUGGCUGAGUUCCCUGACCACCUUGGAGGAGGCUACAGCAUAGCUGCCCUCGGAAACGAUAUGUAUGUCACAGGUGGCUCUGAUGGCUCUCGCCUCUAUGACGGCGUGUGGCGGUACAAGUCCAGCGUCAACGAGUGGACAGAGGCGGCGCCCAUGUUGAAGGCCCGCGAGUACCACAGCUCUUGCGUGGUGAAAGGUCAGCUCUACGUGGUGGCGUCGGACAGCACCGAGCGCUACGAUCAAGCUCUGGACUGCUGGGAGGCCUUACCGCCCAUGCUCCAUGCCAUGGACAACUGCUCCACCACCACGUGCAACGGACGCCUGUAUGCCAUCGGCUCUCUGACUGGGGAGGACACCAUGGCCAUCCAGUGCUACGAUGCAGACACCAACCGCUGGACCAUGGUCAGCUGUGGGCAGCUGCCUCCGUGGUCCUUCACGCCGAAAACGGUGACCCUUAAAAGCCUCAUCUACUUCAUCAGGGAUGACUCAGCUGAGGUUGAUGUUUAUAAUCCUCAGAAGAACGAGUGGGAUAAAAUAAGUCCGAUGACCCAGGUCCAUGUUGGAGGCAGUGUGGCAGCCCUGGGCGGUAAACUAUACGUGUCCGGUGGUUAUGACAAUACAUUUGAGCUGUCGGAUGUGGUGGAGGCAUAUGACCCGACCACCCGCUCAUGGACUCUUGCUGGACGACUACCUCAGCCGACCUUCUGGCACGGUAGCGUCAGCAUAUUCCGCCAGUUCAUGCCCCAGGUGUCCAGUGCAUUUGAACCCACUGACAUACCCGAGUCAAAUGCCAUCCACUUGCACCGGCACCUACGUCACCAAGCGCUCCACAAUCUCAACAACAAUCUCAACCAGAACCAGAACCAGGAUGUGAACCCAGCGCACUGAGUUCGGACAUAUAAACCCCCUGUUACAUUUACAGUCUGUUCUCCCUCUUGUGGCAGUCUGUUGACUGUUUCUCAGCCCUGUUUGGUCUCACUGCGUGGGAGACAGAAAAGUUUAAGGAAGCCGCUGCCUUCCUGUUGAAGGUGGGGAAGUUCACCAGUUAGUCCUCAGGGUCGUGUUGUGCUCCAUCAGAACUAGUUUGAUGGAUGUGUUGUCUGACCACGCUGGAUGAAAUCAAGUGUUUAAAAUGGUCCUGAACGGCUGCUCUUGGAGGUGGGAAAGCCGGCCUUUAAAAACGGGGAUGGGGGGCAUGAUAUCAUUGAAAUAUGGGGACGACAGUGUCUAUUUUCAGACAUGCCCUCCCUGAAGGCAUUCAUAGUGUCGGACUUGUUUGUUGUUAUGAAAAGUGACAGAAAUCUUUGUGUCAGGAAUCAAAAAAGAAAGAAAGAGUGAGAAGGUCAAACUCUGGCUCCUUUUCUCACCUCCACACAGCUGAAAAAUCACGGCGUGAAUUGAGUGUGAAUUUCAGUUUUGGAAAGUGUCAGAAAUGGUAGGAGCUGUACUGGCAGUUUCAUCUUGGAGGUCUUUUCUCCUCUAACACCUAAAUAUACUGUAAGAACACUUUCAACACUGCAUAAAUGCCACCUUUGUUUGUGUCACUUCAAGUAUUUUUGCAGAAUUCUCCAGAAAUAUUUGAAGAUACUAAUAUUUAAGUCCUGUUCAAGGUCCUUUUUAAUUGAAGCGUUUUUUGUAACAAGAGAGACUUCAAAGAUGAAGACUAACUGAUUAACCUUCCCACCUUCGAUAGACAGCAGCACACAGUCCCCAGCAAGGCGAGGUGUUUCUGUGUGUGAACGUCUCUGUGUUGGCAGUGGAUUACUGUGGAUUUUUUUUCUACAAACAGAAUCAAUUUAUAUUUGAAAUGCUUUAACGGGAACUCAAUUUUACACAUGACUGCAUAUGUGGAAGGAAUAAAAAAGUAGUGUGAAGCCUUUUAAGGCUCCAGAGGGAGCUGCGUCUGCGUCGGUCGAGUCUGAAGACAUCAAGUUUAAAAAAUGAAAAAAAAAUCUGUGGGUGUGGGGAGUUAGGAAGAGGUGAGUUCACCAGACCUCUGCAGCACACUCAUCUCUACUUGAGGCGAGCUGCUUGAGGCUAUAUUAGCUGCUAUCAGCUUAACACACCCAAAUCUCUGACCGAACGGUUAGAAGUCGAGUUGCAUUGUGGGUGAUGUAGGCAUGAAGUUUCGGCAAGGGAAGAAAAAUGCAUGAAAUAAAUGAGACGAUAUCUGUGAUCUGCUGCAUUGAUUUUGACCCUUUAACAGAAAUGUCCAUCAUGAGCAGAGAUUUUGGUAUUGGAAUCAUUUUGGUUUCCAUUUGUAGUCAGUAAUAUUGACUAAUCACAUUUGAGCGGCAGGUAAACAGUCCUUGUGGAGAGGCGAAACGCAUCGGCCAAAAUGCAGUCUCUGGACCCAUCGGCUAUUGUCCGACGAUGACUUAAAUUUUUAUUAGCUUUAUGUGUUCAUGGAGAUCAGUCUAAAUGACUGGGAAGAGGAAGUCUUUACCCAGAUAUCUGCUGGCUACACCGGAUCUCCUGAAAUAGUAACCAUUUCCCCCAGACAGAGGUGCGUCAGUAGACCAAUGGCCAAAGGGUUCGGAGAUUGGUCCUACAAUGCGUAAUCAGUGAAGUAAUCUUUGGCCCAAUCCCAGUACACCCCUUACCCCUGCUACUUAGGGCGCUCACGUCUAUGGGUAGGGUUUCCCAAUUAUUGUUUGGUUAGACGGGUAGCGCGAAGUGAUUGGAGGUUUUUCAGGGGCACACUCCAUAUCGAGUGCUAAAAGAAAUCAUCGGCAAGAUAGCUGGACAACAAAAGAAACCCACAACAAAGAUUUUUAAAAGAUUAGGACAACCAUCGAAUGAGCUUAGUUUAAUGUUGUUUCAAUGUGUUAUGGUCUUUUCUUUGUAACAAACAACAAAAGAAAUCACUAGCAUGCUGAUGUCUCAGUAGUUUAUCUAACUAGCUAGCUAGCACGACAGCCCCACAUUUUGACAUAUUUCCAUGUCACUUUCCCCCCAUUUGAUAAAAUAUGACACCUGAAAUUUAACUAAAGUCCAGCAGUGAAGUUGCUGCACUUGUUAGCGCUCCUCUAAUAUCAGUGCAGACUCGCAAAGUUGGAGCAGGAGUUGCUAACGUUAGCCUACAAAGCACCGCUAGUUGCCCGGUAAUAAAGCACUGUUUUCAGUUAUUUGAUGACUUGCUGAUAGAUUGAUAGUGUGAAACUGAACUUGUAAACUAAUCGCGAGCGUCCCGACAACCACAAAAGGUUGCCUGUUGCCAACGUAAGAGAAAUCAUAUUUACAAUGUCCGGCAACACUCAUCACAGCUGUUACCGUAAACGUUAGCAUACCAAUGUUGUAUCAGGGUCUUGAAGCGUUGUCCCAUUUCAUGAAGGAAGUUUUAAACCACUACAACUUGUAACUCUGCUCCAAGGGACAAGAUGGCGCUCGAAAAUGAGAGGUAGGGGUAAAAAUAUGAAAUGGGAUUGGGCCUUUGUAGCUUAGAGCCAAAUAUUCAUUCAGAACCAGCAAUAAUCUGUUUACAUUCCAAAAACGACGACAAUCACAAUUGAUAUCCAGCUUUAAACAGACACAUGGCUUCACAGGUUGGGUUUAAAUGUCUUGUACUCAAAGGAGUCUGUCAUAGGAGGAUUUCAGGAUGGUUGCAUGUGAUGUUAACUUGAUACCUUUUAUGCUAGUGAUAAAUAAUUAGGUAUCUCCGUGUGUCACUCCUGACCCUUAAACCUCUGUACUUUAUAACCACCAGUCGAAUGUGCAUGAAGAAUUUCCUUUAAGAAUUGUAUUUACGGAUGUUUUGUAUGUUUAUUUAUGGAUAUAUAUUUGUGCUGUGGUUGCUCAAGAUGUCUGCGCCCAUCAGUCGCAACAACAGAAGGAACACUCGGUAAAUGUUGUCAAUGGGUCGCCAGUAACUGGAAGUGCAAAAGAAUCUCAGUUUAUUACCAUGUAUUUUAGCUUUAAUGUUUUUAUGGUGAUGUUGAUGCAUCGUUUUCUUAGUUUUCAUACCAGUUUGUGACGUUGAAUCAGUUUUGUAAAUACAGUAUAUUAUUAACCUCAUAUACUGUGUUUGUAUAAUGUUUACAGUGUGGUUAUCAUAAAUUAAACUGCAGGCACAGAGUUUAUUCUGCAGAGUCACAUUUGAUGAGCUGUUAGCAGGUUGCUAAUAUAUUUCUUAUAAAGUGGACAGAGGUUGCGGCUGAGUGGGGAAAGAUUUUUAUAAAUGGCAACAGUAACUAAUGCGUUGACUUAUAAAGCUGUAUAUUUGAACAUAAACUCAUAA